UUAUUAUUAGUAGUAAUCUGGAGGCCGAUUCGAUUAACCGACUAGCCUGGCUCUGGUCGUUGACGCUGUGAGGGGAAGUACGGUGGCCGGUAGGCUGAAACGCGCUGGUAGUGCGGGGAGCUGCAGCCAUGGAGGGGGUCACCGUCGGCCAGGUGUUUGACGCGGAGUGUAUCCUCAGUAAGCGGCCCAGGAAGGGAAAGUUCGAGUACCUGGUGAAGUGGAGAGGAUGGUCCUCCAAGCACAACAGCUGGGAGCCCGAGGAGAACAUUCUGGACCCCCGGCUGCUGGCAGCCUUUCACAAGAGAGAACAGGAGCGCGAGCUUCUGUUUCAGAAGAAGGGAAAGAGGCCGAGAGGACGACCUCGAAAGAUUCAGCCAGCACCCACCGUCACGAAGGACGACCGCUCCUCGUCCUCCUCUUCCUCUGGCCUGUCAUCAACCGCCUCCUCGUCUUCCUCAGAGGAUGAAGAGCACACAAAAAAGGUGAAGCCCGCCCCCCGCGUCCACCCCGUCCCUCAGAAGAGGCCUCAGAUCCUGCUCGCCAAACCCGACACCCCCCGAAAGAAGAAGCGAGGGAGGAAGCCGCUGCACCCCGACCUGAGGGCUCUAAGGCAGGCAAAGAGCCGCCCUCCCCCACCGCCACCUCCACCCGCUCCACGCCACCACCAGCUGCCCAGAGACGAGCCGCGGCCCAGCGUGAAGAAGCCGCUGCAGCCGGCCAGCUUCACCUACACCGGCCUGAGCCGGAGCUCCAGAGAUGAGGCCAGCUCCGCCUCCCAGACGACCUCCGCCUCCUUCUCCCAGGCCUCCAAACCCAGCGCGCUCGGCUGCAUUUGGACCAAUCGCUCCCUCUCAACCUCCUCCCUGUCCUCCAGCUCUGCCUCCCAAAACAAAGCCACGCCCACCGCACAGAAUAAGAACUCUGUGUCAGAGCUGAAGCGCUCUGUCCUGGAGAUGGGUAGAGGAGACGGCUUUAAGGUGACGCCUCUGAAGCAGGGUGGAGCCUCUGGGUCGCUGGGACUGCACAGCAGCUUUGGGGGAGGCGCAGCGGUGCAGCGCCCCCUGCUGGCUCAGAGGAGGCAGGAUGGCAGCGGUGGUCAGAGCGGGGUGGCUCCACACAAGCAGCUGAGCACGAGUCUGUCCAAACCGUCAUCGUCAGCAUCGCCGUCGUCCCGAGACAGAGCCAGCCAGGCGCUGAGCCUCCGUGCCCUUAACCUGCAGAGCGUCGGCAAACUGCCGCCCACGAGCAGCCUUCAGGGAAGCAACACCAGCGGGAUGGCUGUAGCAAGAGCGAACCCACGAAGUAGCGGCAGUGGGAUGGUCGUAAAAGGAGGAGCGAAAGACGCUCGCGCUGGAGGCGGAGCUACAGAGCAGGGCAGGAUGAAGGACAAACUGACGGGUGGUGGCGCUGCUCGAGGGAAUGGUGGAGGGCGGCAGGACGGCCGUAAACACGCGCUUGGCUCUCAGAACAGGAACCUGAACGAGCUCAGCACCGGCGACUCCGACGAGACUAGCACCAGCGAGUCGGAGACGGAAGACGCCCUGUUUCCUAGCAACAGCAGACCCAGCCUCGGCAACAACGCCACCGACUCUGACACGGAGACGGACUGGAGGCCGGCGCGGAGCCUCCUGGAACACGUCUUCGUCACAGACGUCACAGCCAACUUCAUCACGGUGACGGUGAAGGAGUCGCCAACCAGCGUGGGCUUCUUCAGCUCCCGGAACCACUGAGCCGGGCGCUCUGCUCGCUUCCUAAAACAGCUCAGGGUUCCUACACCUCUCUGGAAAUCCAACACUCAGUCAUUCCCGGCGCCUCUAGGGCGACCCUUCGGUUCCAAGAAACAAAAACACGGUGGAGAGAUCGGAUCGAGAAGGAAACUCCUCACAGUCGGCAGUAGGAACCCUGACGUUCAGACCCCGUUUGCACCUGAGAUCAGGCUGCAGUCUGCUGACCUUUAACCUGUAAACAGGUCACCUUCACAGGGUCAGAGGUCAGGUGACUUUCAUACCCUUUUAGAGAAAGUCUUCCUGUUAGGACAGAAAAUCUAUUAAAAAAAAUAGUCAACGUAACAAAAUGACUGUUCCCUCCUCUAAGAUAUAAUACACUACGACUGCCAGAAGGGGGCGCUGAUGUAUGGGCUGAGAUUGUGCUCAUAAAUGUUGUGUUUUGUAAAUCAGACUGCUCAGUUUUGUAACCUUGUAAACUAAACUAUCUGAAAAUGUUACAUUUGUGUAUCUAAAGAUGAGAAUUUGUGUGUUUGUAAAGAUAAUUACGAUUACGCCGUCCUCCAUCUUUAAAAUAUAUUACCCUUCCAGGACCUGAGGCUCAGUCAAGCUCCACUCUGACAGCCAAACCAUCUGUUCUCUGAUUGGAUUGUUAAAUUUGUAAUUGACGUGACAUGGACCAAUCAGCUGAAAGGAAGAAAACUUGGAUCUGUAACCAGACCGUAACAAAAAAAAUGUGUAACCUGUGUAAAUAUUUUUUAGACACACACAAAUUCUCAUCUAUAGAUGCACAAACGUAACAUUUUUUUUAGAUAUUUUAGUUUACAAAGUUUAGAUUUACGAGUACAAAAUAUUUACGAGCACAAUUUGAGUCCAGACCAAUGAACCUAACAGCUGAUUGCUGCCAUCGGCGAUGGAGGGAAAAAGAAAAGUCUGUGAAACUCAGAGAGUAUGUUUGUUUGAAGUAGCGUUCCUGCAGGAUCGUCCUCGCAGUUUAAAGUCCUCACACCUGUACUGAGCACGCUCAUGUCGAGCAAACAAACAGCUGCUCACUGGCUGCAUAUAAACACCCCCGGCACCGCCUCACCUCUAGUUUCUCUCUGUCUUAAACACAGAGAGCCACUGAAAGACAGAAUUAUUGAUCCGAUUGUUUCUGAGCGACACGCCGCCCACAUCCACAGCUGCUGUCACUGAACCUCGGACUGUCACAGCCAGCGGCUCUGUGGUGUCGGCGGUCGCUCAGUGCAACGUGAAACCACGCCACUAUGAGUUAGUUUGUUUCUCAUCUGAAAACACGUUUUGUUCAGUCGCCCAAUAAAAAGAUGAAAUUGUUCUUGAUCACAAAGUGAUGGAAACCCGUCCGCUCGGUUUUUCUCACAUCGCUGAAGCGUCUCAGGUCGCGUCACGGAUGCGUUUUGGUGCUACGCUGCUUACAGCACAGUCCGACUAUUCUGGCGUCCGUCAGCAGGCUUUGUGUUCUCGCCUCCUCAGGUCUGCAGACUGCAGCUCUGAUGGGUGUCUAAACAGGGUCUGGACUCACAGCAGGACUGUUGGACCGCCGCUCGGCGGGAUUAGCUCCAGUAGGAUAUUUGUGUUUGUUGGACGUACGUGGCUUCUUCCAGGGCAGCAUGUUUAAAAAAAGAAGUUUCCUCCAUCCGUCGUCUUUCAGUUCUCUUUGGACCAAAGGUGUUACGAAUGUGAACUGUCUCGUUCUCAGUGUGGUAUCGACAGUGUUUCUUGCACUACGUGCAGUAUAAGCUCAUGAGACAUCCCAUAAUCACUUCUAUAUAUGUACAUAUAUAUAUUUACCAGUUUUGUACCAUUUGAAACCAUCGCCGUGUCUUUUGAAGGUGAAAUAUGUGUUAAUUUAUAUUUGUAAAUAUGUUUUUCAUGUGAUAUGUAAUGAUCUAUGCGGUGCUCAUUCUGGCUUUUAGCGUCACGUACCUGUAGCCUGAAAUAAACCAGAAGCACCUGAAACUUCACGGCUCCUUCCUAGUGUCUGUGUGCUGCCGUGUUUCACCACCAGGUGGCAGCGCUGCACAGAGAGUAAAGUGGAGGAGUGGAGCGUGGAUGCAGGUGCUCGCUGACGGGUUGAUGACCAGGAAAAAACUGUUUUAAAUGAAUGCAGUUAACAGGAAGUUUGCAGGUCAUAUGAUGUCACACCAGUGACAUCAUCAGGUCACAUGGACGGAGCGUCCAACUGAGACAAAGCACUGUUAAUAAAUCAGUUUCUGUAAUAAUGUGAUAAA